AUGACAAAAGUCAAUGGUAUUCAAAUUGCUAUCGAUAGAGGGGGUACAUUCUGUGAUGUUAUAGCGAAGGUCCCUAAUCAAGUUGAUAUUACAUUCAAAUUAUUAUCAGUAGACCCAAAGAACUAUCGAGAUGCCCCUACCGAAGGUAUUAGAAGAGUUUUGGAGCAAGUUUUUGGCACCACAAUCGGGAAAGAUGAAAAGUUGAGUUUAGAGUCAAUCGACAGCAUAAGAAUGGGAACCACAGUGGCUACCAAUGCUUUGUUAGAGAGAAAAGGAGCGAAAGUUUUGUUGGUGACUACCAAAGGGUUUAAAGAUGUUCUUACAAUAGGUAAUCAGACAAGACCAAGCAUCUUCGAUCUUACGGCCAAAAAAUUAGAUCAUUUAUAUAACGAAGUCCUUGAAAUUGAUGAAAGAGUAACUAUUGAAAGCUUUAGUGAAGGUGGAGGUGAUAAGUUACAGAAUGGGGCUGGUAACGACUUCGUCAUAUCAGAUGCAGGAGAUAUCGUAAGAAUUAUAAAAGAGCCUGAUUUUGCGGUCGUUGAAUCUCAACUUCAAAAGAUAUAUGAUGAAGGUACUAUUAAAGCGGUGGCCUUGUCCCUUUUGCAUUCAUAUACUUAUCCCAAUCACGAAUCAAAAAUUGCGGAAAUAGCUAAAAAUAUUGGAUUUCUGGUAUCAAUUUCUCAUCAAUUACAGCCUAUGAUAGGAUUUGUUAAUAGGACUUCAUCAACAGUUGCUGAUGCUUACUUAUCACCUAUUAUCAAUGAUUAUAUUCACAGCUUCGGGUCUGGCUUUCAAGGUGGCUUAAGUGCUUUUGGCAAUAAAUUAUUAUUUAUGCAAUCAAAUGGUGGUUUAUGCCCUUGGUAUAAGUUUACGGGGUUAAAAGCUAUUCUUUCAGGUCCAGCUGGAGGAGUUGUGGGAUAUGGAGAGACUUGCUACGAUGCAGAAACGGGACAAGCAACCAUUGGCUUUGACGCUGGUGGUACUUCCACUGACGUUUCUAGAUACUGUGGCAGCCUAGAGCAUAUUUACGAAACAGUCGUCAACCAAAUUAGUUUGCAAACACCACAGUUGGAUAUAUCUACCGUGGCAGCAGGAGGGGGCUCCAUGUUAUUUUGGAAAAAUAAUAUGUUUGUUGUAGGACCAGAAUCUGCCGGUUCGAACCCUGGACCUGCUUGCUAUAGAAAAGGUGGUCCAUUGACUGUGACAGAUGCUAAUCUUUUUUUGGGAAGAUUGGAUCCAGACAAUUUCCCUAAAAUAUUUGGUCCGAAUCAGGAUCAGCCACUUGACUAUGACUUGACCUCAAAAAUGUUUCAAGAUUUGGCUGUCAAAGUGAAUAAAGACAAGAAAUCAGAGAAUAUUGAAUUUACGGCGGAGGAAAUUGCUUUAGGCUUUUUGAAGGUUGCCGUAGAAUCUAUGGCUCGACCUAUUCGAAAUUUAACUCAAUCUAAGGGAGUACAUACUGGAGAUCACAAUCUUGCUUGCUUCGGAGGCUCUGGGGGUCAAUUUUCUGUUGCAUUAGCAAAGAACUUAAAUAUUCCCCAUGUUGCAAUAUAUAAGUACUCUUCCUUACUCUCAGCUUAUGGAAUUUACUUGGCAGAUAUCGUCAUAGAGAAGCAAGCUCCAGUUUCGUUUUCUUAUGCCGAAGAAAUCUUCUCAUCUAUUGAACAGAAGGUAGAUUUGUUGACUAAGAGUGCCUACGAAGAUUACGAGCGUCAACAUUUGACGAAUUAUACUACUAAAGUUAAAGUAUUUUUAAAUAUGAGAUAUUCCGGGUCUGAUACACAUCUUUUAAUACCUUAUGAAAGGAAUAAGAACACAGCAGACUCAUUAUUCAUUGAUAGGCACGAAAGGGAGUUUGGUUUCACCUUGGAGAGACCUGUUAUGGUUGACGACAUUCAACUACUUUUAGUAGUUGAUAACGGCAGUAAAGAGCCUCAAAAUCCAUUUCAAGAGUUUCGUGAAAUAAGUAAUCUCAGAAAGGCUCCUGAAUCAGCGAUAUUUAAGAAAACGUAUUUCGAAGGCAUUGGAUGGACAGAAACUCCAAUAUAUGUCUUGUCGGACUUGAAGAAAGGGACGUCAAUAAAUGGCCCAGCCAUUAUUCUCGAUGAUACUCAGACAAUUUUAAUAGAGCCUGCCUCACGAGCAGUCUCUCUUGCUAACCAUAUUUUAAUAGUAGUAGAGAACUCUAGGCCGCCUGAGUUGUCUGAGAAUGUGGUCGAUCCUAUUCAGUUGUCAGUAUUUGGCCAUAGGUUUAUGUCGAUUGCCGAGCAAAUGGGAAAAACUUUGCAGCAGACCGCAAUCUCAACUAAUAUCAAGGAAAGGUUAGACUUCUCGUGCGCUUUAUUCGAUCAUAACGGAGACUUAGUUGCAAAUGCACCACACGUUCCAAUACAUUUAGGCGCAAUGUCAUUUGCUGUAAAGGCGCAAAUGGAAUUAUGGAAGGGAAAGUUAUAUCCGGGAGACGUUCUAGUUUCAAAUCAUCCUAAAGCAGGUGGCUCUCAUUUGCCUGAUAUCACGGUUAUAACUCCUGUUUUGAAUGACAAAAAUGAACCAAUAUUCUGGACAGCUUCCAGGGGCCAUCAUGCAGAUAUUGGUUCAAUUUCUGCUGGUUCAAUGCCUCCGAAUUCAAAAACGAUUUUUGAAGAAGGCGCUGCUAUUGUAACUCAUAAAUUAUGUUCAAAAGGUGAAUUCGACGAAGCAGGAAUUACUAGGAUUUUGCUUGACGAGCCUGCAAAGUAUCCUGGAGGCUCAGGAACUAGAACUUUGAAGGAUAAUAUUUCAGAUUUAAAGGCUCAAGUAUCAGCAAAUUACAAAGGUGCAACUCUACUAGGAGCUUUGAUCAAAGAAUUUAGCUAUCCUGUAAUAAGCUUGUAUAUGAGUGGAAUUCAAAGUACAGCUGAGCUAGCUGUAAGAAAUUUGUUGAAGUUUGCAUAUCUGAAAUUUGGUGGAAAGCAUUUGCAGGCUACGGAUUAUUUGGAUGAUGGUACUCCAAUAUCCUUGCAGAUUAGUAUCAAUCCUGAAACUGGUGACGCAAUUUUUGAUUUCACUGACUCGGGUGACCAGAUGUAUGGUAAUUUGAAUGCACCUCGUGCCAUUUUAUAUUCGGCUGUUUUGUAUGUAUUGAGAUCUUUGAUUAGUUCUGACAUUCCUUUAAAUAAUGGCUGUUUACGCCCUGUUCAGUUCAAAACUCGAGAAGGUUCAAUUGUCAAUCCAUCUUACGAAGCGGCUGUUGUUGGAGGUAAUGUUGAAACUACCCAGAGAAUAGUUGACGUCAUGCUUAAAGCUUUUGAAGCUGCUGCUGCUUCUCAAGGAACAUGUAACAAUUUCACAUUUGGCAUUAAUGACAAGGAUAAUGGUAUAUCUUUUGGCUACUAUGAGACAAUAUGUGGUGGUUCUGGUGCUGGCCCAACUUGGGAUGGUCAAUCUGUCGUUCAAUGCCACACAACAAACACUAGAAUUACAGAUACAGAAUUGUUUGAGAAACGAUAUCCAGUAAUUGUUAGGGAGUAUUCUGUCAGAGUUGGAUCUGGAGGGAAGGGAAAACACAGAGGUGGUGAUGGAGUGGUUAGAGAUGUUGAAUUCACAUAUCCUAACCUAGAAGUUUCAUGUUUAACGGAGAGAAGAGCUCUAGCUCCGUUUGGAUUACUGGAAGGUGCAGAUGGACUCAGAGGAAAGAAUAUAUGGUAUCGGAGAUCAGAAACAGACCCAUCCAAGUUUCUAAGAAUUUCUUUAGGCGGCAAAUGUUCUGUAAAAGUCAGCAAAGGUGAUCGAGUUGUUAUAUUGACACCUGGUGGUGGUGGUUUCGGUUCUUUAAAUGAUAGUGAAGAAGCACCUGAUAACUACGGUAUACAAAGCACUAAACCCUCUAUUCUUACGGGCUCUGUUGCUCUAAGAUCUUUGAAACAAGAGACAAAUUAA